AGCACUGAUGUCUCCAUGCAAGAGCUUGCCUAUCUCUUGAACUCACGCUUUUUACUUGGACAUCUGCCAAUCUUUUGGAGAAUGAUGAAGAAACAGGAGUUUCUACAUGAUCUCUUUCUGCAGUGGUCAAAGAAAUACGGACCUAUUAUACGGGUUAAUGCAUUUCACAGAGUCUCAGUACUGAUUUUGAGUCCUGAAGGAGUGAAGGAGUUCUUGAUGUCACCAGAGUACCCAAAGGACCGUCUGGUGUAUGGCCGUAUCUUCAACUUGUUUGGUGUGAGGUUUUUGGGGAAUGGCUUGGUAACUGAUCGUGACUACGAGCAUUGGCACAAGCAGCGGAAGGUGAUGGAUCCAGCUUUCAGCAGAACCUACCUGAUUGGUGUGAUGGAAACUUUUAAUGAAAAAGCAGAGGAGCUGAUGGAGAAGCUAGAGGAAAAGGCAGAUGGAGAGACAGAGUUUAGCAUGCUGACGAUGAUGAGCCGGGUGACUUUGGAUGUCAUUGCAAAGGUGGCUUUUGGCUUGGAACUGAAUGCAUUAAGGGAUGACCGGACGCCAUUCCCUCAUGCUGUGACCAUGAUCAUGAAAGGAAUGACUGAGAUGCGCAUCCCCUUUGUGAAGUACAUGCCAGGAAAGCAGAAAAUGAUAAAAGAGGUCCAGGAGAGUGUACGGCUGCUGCGGCGUGUGGGCAAGGAGUGCAUCGAGAAGAGGAGGGAAGCCAUCCAGAGUGAGAAGGAAAUGCCAACAGAUAUUCUUACACAGAUACUGAAAGGAGAUGCUCUGGAGGAAACUAGAGAUGAUGAAAACAUUCUGGACAACUUUAUCACUUUCUUUGUUGCGGGUCAUGAAACCACUGCCAAUCAGUUGUCAUUUACAGUAAUGGUACUGUCUCAGCAUCCUGAAAUAAUGGAAAGAGUACAAGCUGAAGUGGAUGAAGUCCUUGGUGCUAAGAGAGACAUCGAGUAUGAGGAUCUUGGCAAACUGAAGUAUUUAUCACAGGUUCUGAAGGAAUCGAUGCGUCUGUACCCACCUGUCCCAGGGACAGUACGCUGGACAGGGAAGGAGGCUGUCAUUGAAGGUGUCAGGAUUCCUGCAAACACAACACUACUUUUCAGCACGUAUGUCAUGGGGAGGAUGGAAAGGUACUUCAAGGAUCCACUCUCUUUCAAUCCAGACCGAUUUAGCAAAGAUGCACCUAAGCCAUAUUACUCCUAUUUUCCAUUCUCACUGGGACCUCGCUCCUGUAUUGGGCAGGUGUUUGCACAGAUGGAGGCUAAAGUGGUGAUGGCAAAAUUGCUGCAAAGGUUUGAAUUCCAGCUCGUACCAGGGCAGAGUUUUAAACUCUUGGACACAGGAACCCUUAGGCCACUAGAUGGAGUAAUGUGUAAGUUAAAGCCAAGGAGCUCUCCUAAGGAUUUUAAGGCGUAACCAUCAGGAACGGCAACAUGAAAUGAAAGUGGUUGAGUUUCAUCAGAUUUUGAAGAUUUUCCCACUAAUUGGAGGUUAGAUUUUUCAGGCACCUUUAGAUGAUUACUGGACAGAAAACUUUCUUAACUUCCUCAUCACUUACUGAAGAAAACCUCAGGAGAUUUGCUCUGGAGAUGUUUGGAAAUCUUUGAGCUGAAAGCAUGCCUGGAAUUGCAAAGCAUUCGGUUUUCCUGGGGGAUUCUUUCUUACCAGAUGUUGCAAAGGACAUCCUCUCACUGAAGUAUCCCUGGGAAUACACAAGCCUAAGGUCAGAUUCCAGCAGAUAGCUUCCCUAAUUUUAUUUACAACACAACAUGGUCUAAGUAACGCCUUGUUUGUGGAUUUUCAUUUUUACACAAUGGAAAAAAUACAGAACGCAGGACUGAACUUGGAAAGAAGUUUGGAGCCAUUCUCCUGGUCAAAAUAAUUUUCCUAUCUCUGCUCUAAAUGAGAAAAAUGAUUGAGAGAAGUGAUUUGAAACAAAAAUCAGACACUGUGAUCGCUAAUUGUUUCUGUUGCUUCUGCCUCAUUUUCCUCAGUCUCUUCUACUUCCAGUAGCAGUCAGAGCAUUAGAUUCAGAAUCCAGGCAAUACUGUUCUUGUGGGGGAAGACUCGUGUUCAUUUUGCCCUGGAUCAUUUUGCCAUCUGGCUCAAUGUGAAGCUACUCCAAUGCUUGGACUGGACUGCCUCAUAGCUACAGCAGGGCUGGAAGUGAGUGCCUAAAGUCAAAUGCUGCUUAAACUGACCUUGCCUCAAAGAAAUGUGUGUGUAUGCAGCCUGAGCCAAAGGCAAGAGAAUAUCCUGCAGCUGCCCCAAAACUGCUUGCUCUGGGCUGGCUUUCAGCCUGGCUCUGCUAUGGGAAAAAUGAUACUGUGAAAAUCCAGAAAUACGUGGAUGCCUAAUGUGAGUUUAGACAUAAAAUCUAUCAUGAGAUGAAGGGAACUUGAGACCCUUGGCACUGUUGGUGUUACCACUUUUUUGAGAGAGAGAACUCAGGAUGUACACUGUCGAGUUUCUGUGCUGGGUUCCACACCAGAAAAGUGACUUCUUAGAGAUUACUUUGGUUUGCUUGCAUUGCACAUCACCUCGUGCAGAACAGCAGAGGGAUAACAGGCCAUUAAGAUCAGUGCUGCUUUUGGUAACAUCAGCAAUGCUGUGCAGUGUACUAAUAUUACUUCUACCCAGAGGUAAUUAGCACUUGUACUGCUAGGGGUUUAGGUUCCCCAUAGACCAGCUCUGCACUCCCUUUUGCUGGAAAUCUGCUCAUAUUCUCCUAUGGAUUAAUAAAACCUGAUGUGGAAACCUGA